UAAACUUAAACUGAAGUAUAAAUUAUUUUUUAAAGGUAAAAAUACCAAUUGUAAAAUUUAAAUAUAUACGAUUUAGUAUAUCUUAAAUCGUGCUACCAACCAAUAAGAAUGCUUUAGAUCGAACCAUGAACUAUAAAUUAAUAAUCAAAUUAUAAAAAACAAUAAAAACACAUAAACACGCAUUAGCCCAUAAAAAUUUAAAAAAAAAAGAAUACAAUAUCAUGUACUUAACAUUAUUGUUAAGGACAUUAGGACCCAUGUCAAAAAAAAGUACUGUCCUACGAAAAAUAGUACGUCUGGUCACCAUAACUAUAACCGAAUCUAGUAUUUGAAAUCAAUGAUGAUACAUGACAAAACUAAUGGACGAUCAUCGUGAUUUCAAACAGCAGAUUAAUGCUUGGACUGCUUGGAGAAGCACUUCUAACGCUACAGUCGUUGAUAUCUAUCAAAAACCUGAUUUUGUAAACAUUGUCAAACCACAGAAUAUAACUAAUAUUUUAGACGGGCCCAUAAGUACCUAUAUAAAAUACAAAACUAGAAAUAAGAAAUUAGUGAAUUAUGAAAUGUUUUUCAUUAUACAAAUAAUAAUUGUAACGUUAUGGCAUGGGAUGUAAAAAUUUGGAAGGGCUUAAUAAAAAAUCAACAUAUUUUUCCUUUGUAAUUAUAAAAAAUCUAAAGCCCGCCUAAAAUAUUAGUAUGAAAAUGAUUACAAGAUCAGGUUGUUGAUAGAUAGAACGUUAAAAGACGCGUUUCUCCAAACAUUAAUCAGCUGUUUGAAAUCAGAAUGAUGGUGCAUUUAUUUUGUCAUGCUUAAAUAUAUAAGACCGCGGUGGCGCGGUCAGGACGUAUCAUCAUUGAUAACAAAAUACUAUAGUUUACGUUUAUGUUUAUAGUACACCGUAUAGAACAAAAAGAUUAUAUUAACGUAUAACGUGGUCAGUAUAAAUAUAAUAGCAUUUUAUCUUAUAAAAAAUUAUUGUUUUAAAAUAUAUUUUAAAUAUUUAAUUAUGGUUAACACGUGUGUUGUUUGUUAUGCUACUAGUGAUAACUCUAAAUCGGUUUCUUUCCAUAAAUUUCCACAGAAUGAAGCCAGGAAAAAAUUGUGGAUUGAAAUACUUGGCCUUAAAGAUCGUAAUAGACCCAUUACUAAAAACCACAAAGUCUGUAGUAAACAUUUUGCACCGGAGAGUUACAGCUCCAGAGCUGUUGAAAAAAGAACAUUAUACUCGGAUGCGGUUCCAGUAAGCCAUGACCGAAUUAUGGAAGCUUUGCGGAUAGUUCGUCAGAGACUCCAAGAAGAACCCGAUUGUACUGAGUCAUGAUGUUAAAUAUUCUCACUGGACUUACUGAAGAUUAAUUUUGAUUUAAGCAAUAUCACCAAAACGUCCAAAAUAUUACCACAUAAUUUUUUGCCAUAGGAUAAAUGUCACUGUAAUAAAAAUAGCAAAUAUUAUAACAAUAUUUUAUUUUCUAUGUAAUAUUAUAAUAAUACUAGCUAAUAUAUUUUCAAAUACAAUUAUGAGAUUAUUGUUAUAAUUAUUGAUUUUCAAAUAAGAUAUUUAUUUUUAUUUAAAAAAAUUAUAUAUAUAUAAAAAAUUGGUUUUAAAUUUUAUACACUUUAAUUAUUUUAAAAUUUACAUGUAUUUAAGAAACAAAAAACAGUAAAAUUCACAGCAAUAAAUACAUAAAAUAAAAUUACACUUAUGGCAUUAAA